AUGAUAAUCAUAAUCUUUCUAUUCACAGGCUUUCUUCAUAACUGCUGUGAAGCUUACAAUGUUGGGCUCCUAGAAGCAAAAAUAUUUUCUGGUCCAUCAAGAGAGCAGUUCGGAUAUGCAGUUCAACAGUUUGUUAAUGAACAAGGCAAAUGGUUGUUGGUUGGUUCACCCUGGAGUGGUUAUCCCACUAACAGAACUGGAGAUAUCUAUGCAUGUCCCAUUGGUACAUCCAAAACCACAUGUGAAAAAUUGAAUUUACAAGCUUUAAUAAAUAUUCCAAAUGUGACUGAGAUAAAGGAAGGCAUGAACCUUGGCUUGACUCUGAUACAGAACUCAAAAACGGGAGGAUUUUUGACUUGUGGUCCUUUGUGGGCACAGCAGUGUGGAAGCCAAUACUAUGCAACAGGAAUCUGUUCUGAAGUCAGUCCAAGUUUCCAGUACCUAAGAAGCUUUUCUCCUGCUGUUCAAAAGUGUUCCUCUGUCAUAGAUGUUGUGGUGGUUUGUGAUGAGUCAAACAGCAUUUAUCCUUGGGAUGCAGUCCGAGCAUUUUUGAAAAAGUUUGUACAAGGCUUAGAUAUAGGCUUUAACAAAACCCAGGUGGGUUUAAUUCAGUAUGCUAAUGAUCCCCGUGUAGUGUUCAACUUGAAUACAUAUCAAACAAAGGAUGAGGUCGUUAAAGCAAUGGAGGGAACAUAUCAGAAGGGAGGAGAUCUCACUAAUACUUUCAAAGCCAUUGACAAUGCAAGACAGUAUGCCUUCUCACCCGAGUCAGGAGGACGUCCAACAGCCACAAAAGUAAUGGUUGUUGUGACAGAUGGUGAAUCACAUGAUGGCUCCAAUUUAAAAACAGUGAUAGGUAAAUGCAAUGAAGACAAUAUAACCAGAUUUGGCAUUGCUGUUUUGGGAUACUUGAUCAGGAAUGAACUUGAUACUAAAAAUUUAAUCAGAGAAAUCAAAGGAAUUGCCAGUCAUCCAACAGACAAGUAUUUCUUCAAUGUGUCAUCAGAGGCUGCUCUCCUGGAAGAAGCAGGAACACUUGGAGAGCGUAUUUUUAGUAUAGAAGGUACAGAUCAAGGUGAUACAUUCCAAAUGGAAAUGUCUCAGGUGGGCUUCAGUGCAUAUUACUCACAAAAAAGGGAUGUUCUGCUGCUGGGUGCUGUUGGGGCCUAUGACUGGAGUGGAACAGUAGUUCAGGAAUCUUCAGACAGAUUCACCACCUUUCCAAGCCCUGUGUUUGAGAAGAUUCUAAAGGACAGAAAUCAUAGUUCUUAUCUAGGUUAUUCUGUUGCUGUUCUCUCAACUGAAAGCUCUGUUUAUUUUGUUGCUGGUGCACCAAGAUCCAACUACACUGGCAGGGUAGUGGUUUAUGACGUUGAUGGUGAUGGUAAUAUUGCAAUUGUGCAGUCCCAAAGAGGCGAGCAGAUUGGUUCCUACUUUGGGAGUGUCGUGUGUUCAGUGGAUGUUAACAAGGAUUCUGUGACAGAUGUGCUACUUGUGGGUGCACCAAUGUUUAUGAAUGACCUGAAGAAAGAGGAAGGGAGAGUAUACAAGUUUUCCAUCACAAAGGGAAUUUUGGAUCAACAAGAACUCUUGGAAGGUCCACAGGGGUCAGAAAAUGCUCGGUUUGGAUCAGCGAUUGGAACGCUUGCAGACAUUGAUUUGGAUGGCUUUAAUGAUGUUGUAAUAGGUGCACCACUGGAAAACCAAAACUCUGGAGCAAUUUACAUUUACAAUGGAUUUCAAAAGACUAUACUUAACAAAUAUUCUCAGAAAAUCUUAGGAUCAGAUUCUGCUUUAGGACAACGGCUCCAAUUCUUUGGAAGAUCAGUAGAUGGCCAUAGAGACUUAAAUGACGAUGACAUUACUGACGUAUCGGUUGGUGCUGAUGGAAAUGUGGUUCUGCUAUGGUCACAAAGCAUUGCAAAUGUGUCCAUAAUUGCCUCAUACAAACCAGAGAAGAUCAGUCUGGUGAACAAGAACACAGAUAUAACUGUCAAAAUAUGUUUUCAGGCUACAUUUAGACCUGCUAAGAGAAGUAAUCAAGUGGCUAUAAAGUAUAAUGCAACAUUGGAUGCAGAUCUCCAGUCUUCCAGAGUGACUUCUAGAGGAUUAUUCAAAGAAAAUAAUGAAAGGUACAUGCAGAGGCAUCUUGUGGUACGUCAGGAAGAGAAUUGUGUUCAAGAUGUCUUCAGUGUACAGGAACCUUCUGAUGCAGUGAAUUCACUUAGCCUGCGCAUUGACAUUGGUAUUGCAAAUCCUGGCUCCAGCCCUGUCCUAGAUAUAUAUUCUCCUGCAUCUGUGGUGUAUAGUAUUCCUUUUAUUAAGGACUGUGGUGAAGAUGAACUUUGUAUCUCUGAUCUUGUUCUGAGUGUUCAGCGGAAAGGAGAUGAUGGCAAACAGCAGUUUGUUGUCAGCAGCAAAACCAGAAGACUAACUUUCAAUGUGAAAUUAAGAAAUAAAAAAGAAAAUGCAUAUAACACCAGAAUUCAGGCUACAUUUUCAGACAACUUGUUUUUUGCUUCAUCAUCUUUGCCGAGUGAUGGGACUGAAGUCUCCUGUCAGACAGGAACAGCACAAAGUACAGUCAUUUGCCAAAUAAGCUAUCCUGUUUUCAGAAGAGGACAACAGGUAUCCUUUGAUAUUAGUUUUGAUUUUAACCUAAAAAAUCUUCAGAAUAUGGCAGUUCUAAGUUUUCGUGCAUUGAGUGAAAGUGAGGAAGAACAAGAAUUAGACAACCAGGUCAGCUUAUCAAUUCCUUUGCGAUAUGAUGCAGAACUUCACUUCACAAGGCUUGCCAACGUCAACUUUUAUGAAGUAUACUCUGGUCGUAACAUUCCUUCCAUUGUGAAUGAUUUGGAAGAUAUUGGCCCCACCUUCAAUUUCUCAGUUAAGGUAACAACAGGAAGUAUUCCAGUAAAGACGGUAUCUGUAAAUAUCUAUCUUCCACAACUGACUAGCAAAGAUAACCCACUGAUGUACCUAACUGAAGUCACCACAGAUCAGGCCAAAGGUAUUUCUUGUCAAGCUCUGAAAAAUCCACUACAAAUAGGCAAAAGACCUUACUCUGCCUCUUUCACAAAAGAGAACUUCAGAGCUUCCAAAGAACUGAACUGUGAGAAUGUGAAGUGCAGUACUAUCACAUGCAAACUGGAAGAUGUUCUGCUGAGGGCAGAGUACUUCGUGAAUGUGUCGACUCGAAUCUGGAAUGGAACCUUUGCUGCUUUAACUUUCCAGACGUUACAACUCACUGCAAAGGCAAAAAUCGAUACACAUAACCCUGAGUUAUUUGUAAUUGGAGAGAAUACCCUAACUAUCCCAGUUACAAUAAUGAAGCCAGAUGAGAAAGCUGAGAUACCAGUUGGUGUUGUGAUUGGCAGCAUAUUGGCUGGACUGCUUUUGCUGUUAGCAUUGGUUGCUGUUUUGUGGAAACUUGGCUUCUUCAAGAGACAGUAUGAGAAGAUGACACAGGAUAUAGAAGAUGUCGAUGAAAUUACAGAGCUCACAAAGGACAAAGAUUGAAGAUGAUGAGUUAUGUGGAUAAAGAGAGGAGAUCUGAGCCACCAACAGCAGUUGCGAUUCAGUCAUUCCUUCAGCUGGAGUGCCUUAAAGCUUAGUAACAUAUAUACGUUUUUAACGGAAGUGUCUUGUUAUAGAUGAAAAUAUUUUAUAGAUUCUACUCUAUUAUAAGAGUAACUGCAGGACAGUUUGGGUGUUUUUUUCAAAAAUGAUUUAUAGUGGCCUUUCUUGUAAAUUUUUUGCCUUUCAAACAAACUUAGCCCUUAGAACUGGCAGGUCCGGAGUUUACAGUAACAUAUUGUGCCAGCAACCCUUCUCCUGAUCCACUGCAGAGUGAAACAGAGCAAUUUAUUUCAAAUUAUUGUGGAAAAGCAUCAGUUCGUAAUUCAGUUGACAAGUACCAUAUGUGUAAAGGACAUUUUCUAUUAAGUUGAUGAUGAAUGUGUGGUGAAUAUUGCUUCCAGACUGGAAGAAAAAACCUCAUUUUUUUUUCUUGACUAGCUCCAUCCUUAUUGUUUUAGAGAAAUAAUUUGCACCAGCAAACCUUUGUCUUAACUAAGCUAUAAAGUAAGAACUGCAUAAGAAAAUAUCUGUCUGGGUGCAACAGGACAACUGGAUGGUCACACUGGUCGAAAAGUUCACCACGUUCCUUGCACUAAGAUCACAUCUAAAUUACUGAAGUAUGAUGUUUUGGCGAACUGCUGCCAAAUGGUAUGUGUAAGUACAUUCUGCACACUUCCUCUCUGAAGAAAGUACUAAUUUCAUAAUCACACCAUGUUCUCUGUAAUGUUAUGAUUGAGUUUUAGAUUUCAGUUUGAGAAGAGCUAUCACUGCUGUUACAGUGGGGUUUACACUAACAGGCCUUGUGGCAUCAGGGUAGCUUUUGACUUAAAUAGGGAAGAUAGUCAAGAAUUUGCCUUUAAUUCCCUACUGAACAAUUUUGCAAGGCUGAGACCAUGAAGUGAACUAAAGGGGAUAAUGACUGAGGAAGUAUGCAUGUUAGGACAGAUGACAAUGAAUAGCUAAGCUCUGUAAACUGCUGUACUUGUUUCUUUAACAUCUCGGUACCCUCCAGGAGACCAAAGUUCAGUAUGACCUCCUUACCUGUCACAUUCCCUUUAGUCCCACAUGUUCAUGUCAUAAUGAAGCUAACUUAUGUUUUAUGCAGUAAAGUACUGUAGGGGAAAGAGCUUUGAGCACACUUGGUGACUUUGUGUUGGUUACACACCUCAAGUUUAUCACAUGCUGUUACGCCACCUGCUUUUAAUGAAACUGCAGUCUUAACAAGGCCUGUGCUGUUAAGACUGGUAGCUGUCAGGAAUUGGCCUUCUGGUUGCCUUUGUCUCUUCUGGCUGGCAGUUACACAUGUAACUGAUUGUGAG